GCAGUGGCGCUAUGCUGUCAAUACAAUCUGCCUCGUGGGUUUUCCACGGUCUUCUAGAUCAACCCCAGCAAGAAAAUUAUCACUUUUAGCUGUGUUACUUUCUCUCAUGGUGUGUUUGUUGGUUACAUUAACAUUGGGACUGGUGUUACAGCUGAGAGAAGAGAAACUUCCAUAGAGGAUCAGGCAUUAAGCAUCAACUUGUUACUCACCUUACGCUGGGCAUUGCUUUACGAGCUGUUUUAGAUGCUUUGAGGAAGCCUGAAGAUUCAAAAGUUUGUUCCUUCCUAGGUUAUCAGUUAAUGUUAUUAUUGAGAAUUUCAGUCUGACCAUGGCUUUAUGACAUUCAUAUGUUUUUCUUUGGGACUGAGGCAUUGGAGCAGUUUGUGGACUGUCUCAUUGGGUGGUCACAGUACUGCGAUCUUAUCAUGCACUUUGUAGCAUUUAUAGAGAGGGCACUUCAUAAGAUUUCAGCUGCUCAUACUGAACCUGAUUUAGAGGGAACCUUUAGCUGCAAUCUUUCUAUUCCCUCAUGGAGAGUUUGUAUCUGGCUGGUGCUCGUCUGACCCUCUAGUUUCUGAAGAGGAUGCAUCAUUAGACUAUUGUACCUCGAUCCUCUUAUGCUGAUCAGAGAACUUCGUUGUUGAAUAAAGUGAUUGCAAACCUUCAUUGCUUUGUUCCUGAUGUAUGCCAGGAUGAGAAGGAUCUGUCAACAAAUUCAUUCGGUUCAUAUAGAAGGACUAUCAGAAACUGUCAGAUGGAUUCUUUUCUCUACUUCAGAGCUGACAGAGUAUCCACAAUUAGCAAGAACUUAUGGAAUAAGCGUCAUAAAAAGGAGUUUUAAUGCAGAAAAGGAAGGUACGAAGCUUCAGGAUCAGUCAUUAAGCAUCAACUUGUUACUCACCUUAUGCUGGGCAUUGCUUUACGAGCUAUUUCAGUUGCUCAUACUGAACCUGAUGUUGGCCAUAGUUCCAAUACUAAUCACCGACCCGGUCUUAUUCAAUCUUCUGCUCCACAGAUUGAGAUUGCAGGCUCACCAUUUUCUCUGAUCGGACCCGGCAGCAUAUUGUCUGGAUUAGCAAUUCCCUCUUUGAGAUCCCACUACAGCAGAGACC